CUCUUCAAACCGGUCUGUUCUCAGCUGAAAAUCUCCGUCUUCUGACACCAUGCUCUUCUCCUCCCUUGCAGUUGUUGCGGUUGCAACUACCGCCUUGGCAUCGCCGGUAAAGCCAAGUGCCAAGACUGGUGCUCUGUCUGUGAAGCGCGUCUCCAACGUCAAAUCAUUCAAGAAUGUUGUCCAAAAGGGCCAGGCCCGCAUCAACAAGAUCAACGGUGCCAAGGCCGCCGUGGGUAACAUUGAUGUUAGCUCCGGCCCUGUCACCAACGAGGAUGUUACCUAUGUUGCAUCGGUCAGCAUUGGCGGCUCGUCCUAUGACCUCAUUGUCGACACUGGAUCUUCCAACACCUGGUGCGGUGCUCAGAGCAAGUGUGAGCCCUCUUCCACUGGCAAGUCCACCGGCGGUUCUGUCUCGGUCAGCUAUGGCUCUGGUUCCUUCUCCGGUACCGAGUACAAGGACACUGUUAGCUUCGGUGGCUUGACCGUCUCAUCUCAGUCGAUUGGCUCUGCCCGCUCUUCCACUGGCUUUGAUGGUGUCGAUGGAAUUAUCGGCUUUGGUCCGGUUGAUCUCACUGAGGACACCGUCUCCAAUGCCAACACUGUUCCUACCUUCCUGGAUAACCUCUACAGCCAAGGUUCCAUCUCCAGCGAGGUGCUUGGUGUCUACUUCAAGCCGGAGUCUGGCAGCGACAGCGAUGACACCAACGGCGAGCUGACCCUCGGUGGUGUUGAUAGCUCCAAGUACACGGGCUCCCUCACCUACUUCCCUACCCUCACCAGUGGCUCUGCUGCUCCCUACUGGGGCAUCUCUAUUGCUAGCUUCACCUACGGCUCGACCACCCUCGCAUCGUCUGCCACUGGUAUUGUCGAUACCGGUACCACUCUCAUCUACAUCCCCACCAAGGCUUACAACGCCUUCCUGUCUGCCGCCGGUGGCAAGACUGACAGCUCUUCUGGCCUCGCUGUCUUCACUAAGCAGCCCACAUCCAACUUCAACAUCAAGUUUGGCUCAACAACCUACAGCCUCACUCCCGCCCAGUACUUGGUCCCCACCGCCCAGUACAGCUUCUACGGACUCAGCUCUGGCAAGUACUAUGCUUGGAUCAACGACGGUGGCAGCUCUGGUGUCAACACCAUUAUUGGCCAGAAGUUCUUGGAGAACUACUACUCCGUCUUUGACACCACCAACGGCCGCAUCGGCUUUGCUACCGCUGCCUAAGUGCAUUUCUGGUUUGUGUCCUACUUAUGAACAUGUUCACAACAAACUCUCUGCGGGCGGUCUACGGUUGUCCAGCAUAGUGAAUAUGUUGAAUCAUAAGAGGGUUGCAGGGCGGUUAAGGAUAAAAAAAAUCUACUUCAGUACUCAAAAUUGGUGCCAGGUUUAGUUAGCUUUUAGCUCCAUUUUAGAGGGAAUAUAUAUGCGUUU